AUGGCUAAACUCAUGACCAUACCCACUGACCUGACUGCCCGCAUGUCCUCAGCAGAGCCGCCAACUUCCAAAGAUGUACCAUUACCACACAGCCCCUCGGGCAAAGUGUUCUCGAUACAAGUGAAGGUGACCGAUCAAGUCCACGUUAGGCCCUGGACACACGCUGUGUAUGUCGGUGAGGGCGCUGCCAACGUAUUGUUUAUUGCGUUUCUUUACACCAAGUAUGAGCGACAGCACGACAAGGACAGGACCGAGGCCGACCUGUUGACCAGAUUUCUACUGAGGGUUCCAAAGGAAAACAAAGACCCCGCCAAGCCGUUCUACGAACCAGGACAGCAGUACAAGUUCUUUUGGGAAAAGAUUGCACCCCUGUUCAGCUACCGCGCGGAUAUGUUGGCGGAGGUGACGUGGGCAAGGAUUCACUCGGACGCUGUCUGGCACUUACAUAAAGUACUGAAAGCGAUGGACUCGGCACCACCUGGGUCGAAAUCGCGACCACCCAAAUUUCGAGGUGACAAGAUUGCCGGUUGGGAUCUGGUUCUCAUGAUCGAAAGUAUGCGUGCGAGAAGCGAAGACGAGCGCGUCGUCGAAUUCAAGCCCAAGUGGUUGGCUCAGUCACCAUCGGCCCCGAAAGACGCCAACACAUGCAGAUGCUGCGCCCUUGCGGCCAAGAAGUUUGCCAGCAACAAAGACAGAGGCCUGGACCCGCGAGAUUAUCCUUGUCCUCUGUGGCUGGAUCCCGAGCGAACAACGCCUAUUGGGAAAGAGGGUGUGCGGCAGAAGGCCCUCGAAUGCCUGUUCCAGAACAGCAGCUUCGGAGACAACAAGCACGCCUCUACCCUCUACGAGCUGCUGAAGAAAACGGCUCUCCUUACGCUCUUGAAGAAACACCAGGUAGCGAAGGAUUCUCGUGGGCCUCUGCUGGCAAACAAAAACGACGAAGAGUUCUGCACGGCAAUGACGCUGCGCGACUGCUCCCUCUACAUGCGGUACAAGGUUCAAAACAUCGGUGGCAAGGAGACUGUCGUGGCAGAGUCUUUCGAGGCGAAACUCGCCGAUCUCGACAAAAAGAAUGCGGACUGGAAGUUUACUGAAUGGCGAGAUAAGGAACAGGCCUUGGUCGACGAAGGGUGGUACACAGGUCGUGGGUGUAUGAAGAACUGCGCGCUCCAGAGAUGA